AUGAGCAGAAUAAAGUCAAUGAUAGGCGUGAUUCCCCACUGCACUGGCUCUUCGAGGUUUUCUUACAACAACACAACUGUGUUCUGUAUUGUCCAUGGGCCAUCAGAUGCCAUAUCCAGGCACGAGGACCCAGAAAAGGCCUUUCUAGAUGUAAGAUGGAAGGAUAUGGUGCUUAUCAACGGAAGAAUUUACGAUAAAUACUUCUCAAGAGUGGUUGAAAGAGUUAUUUCCAAAAACAUCAUCUUGGAACUAGAUGCUUGGAAGACAAUACAAAUAAUCUUCAACGUUGUAGGAGAAGCAAGAAAUGCCUUGUUUUGUGCUGUAAACGCAGCACUUUUGGCACUUGCAGAUGGAGGAAUUCCACUAAAAUCUAUGUUUUAUGCUAGUAGUUCGUUUACGAACGAAGAAGAGGUUGUAGUUUUUGAUAAUGACGAGAAUGUGAUAGAUAGCCAUUCAUUCGAAGCUAUUUCAAGGAAAAAUAUAGAAAGUGCAAAGGGUUUUCUCAAAUAUGUUAAGGAGGUACAGACUCAUACUUUAAGGUCCAAAUUUCCUUUUUCUCCUGUCUAA